UCAACUCACAACAAUUUUUGUUUCCAAUCGAGAAGUUGAUGUUUUAGUGCGGCGUUUUUAAAAGACUGCUAGUUAAAACUUUAAACUGACGACUUCGCAUCGGUUUCUUGACUGAAUAUGGACGAAUUAAGGCAUCAAGUUAUGAUAAAUCAGUUUGUUCUUACAGCAGGAUGCGCGGCGGAUCAAGCAAAGCAGUUUUUACAAGCUUCACACUGGCAGUUUGAGACUGCCCUCAGUACAUUUUUCCAAGAGGCUAAUAUUCCUUACAGCCAUCAAAUGAUGUGCACUCCAGCCAACACGCCAGCGACACCUCCAAACUUCCCCGAUGCCCUGGCCAUGUUCUCUCGCCUAAAAGCCUCUGAAAGCUUCGGCAGCAGUAGCCCCAUGGCUUCAAUGGCCACAUCGCCAGCUCCUCACACCAACUGGGCCAUGAGUCCUCCACCAACCCCAGGCCUGCAGGGGCGAUGGACUCCAGGUCAGCUCAUGCCCCAGACGCCCUCUCCAGCCUGGCCUUCAGCCGUGAGUCAGCAAGCCUCCGCUGAGCACAUCAGUAUUAUGAUGGAGGCCGAAAGUUAGAGACUGCUUUAAUUGGCCAUCACACCUUACAGGAAGACGAGGACGGAGCUUCCUCUUGAUGAUAUCAGCAGCUGUGGAUGUAAAAGAGAGCAAGCGGGUUGACUGUGGAACGGAGUGCAUUCGCUCCAACUGGGGACAUCUGGGAGUGUUUUCAAAUGCUUUCUGUUGGCGAUUACCAAAAACAUGGACAAGAGCGAGUAAUUAUGUAGCAUAUUCACGGAUAACCUCAGACAAAUGAAUGUGUUACUGAAUAUUGUGUUCAAUUUCAGCAGUUCUCAAGUAAUGGUGGAUAUUUAACCUAGAGUACAUGCUUAAAAGUCAACAUUCCUCAAAAGAGUUUCCACAUCAAUGCCAUUGAAGAACCAUUUUGGGAUACUCAAAGAAUUUAGUCACUGAUUCUUAAAAAAAGCUACCUUAGUGUGUACAUUAGUGUUGUCACAUUGGAGUUUUGUACCAAUCAAUACUGAAAUUUUAAAAACAUCCAUUUCCUGCUAACAUUUGAGCACAUUAAACAGCGCUGAUUGGCCAUUGUGUUCACGUGCUCAACAGAAAUGACUGUGAUUGGCCGUGAAGGUCAUCAGUUAGUUUACCGUACUCACCGCUGUUUACUAAGUGUAACCACAGAUACAGGAACACUGGACCCUCCAGUGUUCCUGUAUCUGUGGUUACACCGAGUAAACGGGUGAGUUCGAUGAACUGAUGACCUUCACGGCCAAUCACAGUCAUUUCUGUUGAGCGCAUAAACACAAUUGCAAAUCAACUCUGUUUAGGAAUGUGCUCAACAAGCGCUCAAACAUUCAUGGGAAAUGGAGGUUUUUAAAAUUUCAGUACCGAUUGGUAUCGAAUUCCAGAUCAAAUCAAAACAAAGUCCAAAACAAAGUUUAAGAACGAGCUGAACUGUGCUCAAAUGUUAGUGGGAAAUGGACUUUGUUUUGAUUUGAUUUGAAAUUCGAUACCAAUCGGUACUGAUGUUUUAAAAACUUCCACUUCCCAUGAAUGUUUGAGCGCUUGUUGAGCACGUUCUUGAACAGAGUUGAUUUGCAAUUGUGUUCACGUGCUCAACAGAAAUGACUGUGAUUGGCCUUGAAGGUCAUCAGUUCAUCGAACUCACCCGUUUACUCUGUUUAACCACAGAUACAGGAACACUGGAGCGUUUCAAAGACAUGUUGAUCAGCUGGUUUGUCUAUAAGCUAACACACGAGUGAUCCUCUGAUGAAUCGCGCCUUUAAAACACUUCAAAUGGAAGUUUUUAAAACUUCAGUACCGAUUUGUAUUAAAGUCCAGUAUUGUGAUAACCCGAGUGCAGAAUCUUUUAAUAACCUAAAGAACAGUUUUGUACUACAAAGAGCAUUUAGUGCAAUUGAAAGAUCCAUAGUGGUUCUUAGAACCAUUGAUACUCACCAUCAUGCUGUUUCAAACUUGUAUUAUUUCAUUUCUUUUGAUUCCAUUGACUACCUGAUGACCUACAUCAAUAUUCUUCUUUUAUAUUUCAGGGAAGAGUCUUAAGUUUUAUGGGUUUAGAAAGACAUGAGCAAAUGAUUACAGCAAGUUCUUAUUUGUGUGAUCUGCCCCUUUAACUGACAGGUUUACCUAAAAAAAAAACGCAAGACGCUAUCAUUAUUGACUUCUUCACGACUCUGUGAUGAACUAAAAUGGCGUUUUGUGCUAAAAUGAUGCUAUAGGAAACAUUUCAUACCCAGACCGUUCUGUUCAGCACUUACAGCACAUUUGUCUGUUUUAUCAUGAAUCUUUUUUUUUAUUAUUAUAUAUAAAGCAGACAUAUUUUCCUCCUAUGUCAUCUCCCUGUAAUGGUGUUCACACUGCCUCCACAAUAUUUGUGGACUAUAUGUGAUGGUUAUCACUUCCUAUUGUUGUUUUUGAAUAAAUAUUGUAUAUAUUGCAAAA